UAGUUACUACCGACAACCUCUGCUUCGUAGCCUACAUGUUUUCACAACAAGGAAGUUGUAUUCACUAUUUCAGUUUGAAUGCUCUACAUAGCCUAAGUCAUUUAUUUAUUCGAGCUAUUUGCGGUUUUUUGUGAACGAAGGUGAGCAAAAAGUGAAAUUGGGAGUUGUUCGUUAACUUGUGUUCAGCCAAUAGUCCAGACAAACUCACCUAGUUCACAAAAAGUGUUAUAAUAUUGACAACUGAUAGUCAACUGAUAGUCUAGGCUAGGCUACUCUAACGUUAAGUUAGAUAUCCAACUUCUCGAGGACAAUGACAGUACCCUAGACUAACCGUGGGAAGUCUCGCAUACUUCAGUCAGUCAUGUACAGUCUGACUGUUUUAAACGCACACGAGUUCAGUGACAUCGACAGUCAAAUAUGAACAGUCAGACGGUGACAGACAUAUUGGAGGAGUGUCACAGAUGUGUGGAAGAAGGUGCCGUGGAGGCCAACGUGGAGGCGCUGCAGGACUUCACGUUAUGUAGAGAGACCCUAUCCGAUGAACUGGUCAUACUGCUGCAGGAUGCUGUGAACAUGAAAUGGCCAUUUGUGCCUGAGAAAUGGCAGUACAAGCAUUCCUUGACCUCGAAGGACAAGGUCAACCUUAAGGACCUCAUCAGUGAAAACUUGUCCCAACUGCUGGCCUACCUGAAGGCAGCCAUCUUGGCUGGGCAGCCUCUCUGGGCAGCCUCUGCCAUCUUCCUGGUUGACCGUUUCCUGUACUGGACAGACGACUCUCGACAGCUUCUGAGGAUCACCAGGAAGUUGCAUCAGCGCUACCCGGGCACACCUAUCGCUCCGCAGGUGGUCAUUCGGCAAGCUCGGGUCUACUUCAGCACAGGUAAACUACAGAAGGCGGAGUACAUUCUUGCCAAUCUAAUAAGCAACAGUGGAUCUACAGGAUGCUGGAGGUAUCACACCGACACUGAUCGAACUCUUGUACAGGCUGUAAGUGUGCAAGUUCGUGGGCAAGUUCUUCAGAAGCUGGGGCUUUGGUUUGAGUCAGCAGAAUUGAUUUGUGCUUCCUUGGUUGGGUUUUACGCUCUUCCUCAGCCUGAUAAAAAGGGAAUUGGAACAUCACUGGGUAUCCUUGCAAACAUACUGGUAUCCAUGGAUGACAAGGAUUUCCACAGGUUUAGGACAAGUGAAGACACUCAUAUGUCCUUCCUUGGAAAAAUCCAACAUCGUCUACUUUCUGCAGCUGAGGCAGCUAAAAUGGCUGUGAUCUACAGUCAAUAUGCCUCACUGUAUGUGCUAACAAACGUGGUUGCCCAAGGGACUUGCCUUCUGUCAUAUAGUUUCUCAACAGAGUGCCCGCCAGCAGAGAAGACCACUUACCUGACCCAAGCGAAAGAGGCCUUUGAAAUCGGUCUACUGACAAAAACCGAGGAAGAUGUGGUGACUAGCAAACAGGAAUUACACACAUUCGUGAAAGCAGCUUAUGCAUUGACAAUCAUCCAUAAGUGGCUUGGUAGCCCUUACAGCCUUGUGGUAGAAGCUACCCAGGUUUGUCGGGAAGCAUCUACAACUUAUUACUCUUACUGCUUCGAGGAGAGUGCUGAAAAAGGAAAACUGUGCAGAGAGAUCAUGUGGUUGGUGCAUAAAGUUAAGUCACUGCUGAAGGUGGAGCCAUUUGUGAAUACUGACCCAGGAUCUUUCAUCCCAGACACCUACAGAGCUGCAGAGGAUAGAAUAGUCGUCUUCACCCUGGAUGACUUUGCUAAGAUCAUGAAGAAAUUUCAGCAGCAUCACCAAUCUGUUUGUGAGUCUUCUAAAGCAAACUGCCACAGGCAUGAUAAUGCAGAAUUGGAGACAUCAUCUGGAAUCUGUGUCACAUCUUUUGGAACAGCCACUGAAAUGGCUAACACAGAAUGCACCACAGAGAGCCAAGUAGACAAAGGGCCAUCUGGUAUCCAACAGGAAGUGAUGAAUGAAAUUUCAUCCUAUCAGUCACCAACAAGACAAUCUGCCCAUUUACCUGGAAAUCAGGAAGCUGUAGAUACAGCAACCAGCAAUGAGAUGCUAGUCCCUUCUGUAGAGGGUCAGCAACCUGCAGGUGGGAAGAGGGAAGCAAUGUUCUCUUCUGGCUUACUCAGUAAUAGCUUAGGAUCCUCAUGGGGCAACAUGAUAAGCAUCAAUAGGAACAGUAAUCAAAUGGCAAAUGCUCCAAAAGGCCAGGUUGACUCAAGUUGUCCCACGGAGAGUGAUGACGAUGACCCAUCAAUCCUGUUAGAUUCUCUGGUACUAGGCUCAUCUGCGGCGUCCAUAGCCAAACCUGGAGGUGCGAAAGAAGACAAGGGUAGAAGAGAUGCAUCUACUAUUUACUCUCCAUCACAGUUUGCUUCUAAUGUCAGAGCAGAGAGAGAGCGCAACAAGAGCCACCGUACACCUUUGUCCAAACAAAGUACUACAAAGACAAUUCAGGACCAAAGUAGCAUAGAGACAGAAGAAGAUGAAACAGAUAUGCAGAACUUGAACAUCCAUACUCCCAAAGGAACCACCCAAAGCAUUAAACAGAGGUCUUCCUCUAGUUCUUUGAGCAGUAGCUUUGGCUCACUGUCAUCUUGGCAAAAAGUGCCUUCUCUUGACACAGAGUCGUCUGUUGAUAACAGUCCUCUGAUUGGACAAGGCAAAGGUAUCCCAACAAACACGGGUGAUGAAAAAUAUCCAGGUCCUUCAAUGCUUUCCCAUUUGUCUAGGCAAAGUGGUGGAACACUUGCACCUGGAAAGACUAUACCAAAGACUAUGCCUGAUCAAAGGAGCAUAGAAACUGAAGAAGAAGAUCUGAAUAUUGAGAAUAUCAGCCACACAUCACUGAAUUUCAAAGAAGCAAAUCAAGGCAACAAAGAGAGGUCCUGUUCUAGUUCUUUGAGCAGUAGCUUUGGGUCACUGUCAUCAUGGCAGAAAAUUCCUUCUCUUGCUACAGGAUCAUCUAUCGAUGAAGGCCAAGAGGUUGUCGGAGGCAAUGAUAUUCCAACAAACCAAGUUGAUAGUGAUAAAAAGUGCCAGGAUUCCACAACAGGAUCUAUUUCAUCUGGGCAAAGGGGUAGAGAGGGCAACAAACGCAAAACUAUAGCUGUGUCUGCUACAAUUCCAAAAACGAUUUCUGACCAAAACACGGAAACAGGGGAAGAUGAGCCAGAUAGGUUGUACCUAAACCAUACAUCAGUAGGUCUCAGAGGACCAACCCAAGGAAACAAGGUGGUGUCAUUUUCUAGUUCUUUGAGUAGUAGCUUUGGGUCAACAUCUUCCUGGCAAAAAGUGCCUUCCCUUGAUACAGGAUCAUCAUUUAACAGUGAUAGUGGCUUGACAGGAAGACGUGAGGGUGUCCCAGCAAACACUGGGGAACUUUUUGAAGCUAACAAAUUACCUUGCUCUUCACCAAGACAUUAUGGUGGUCCCCAGAAGAGUAGUGAGGACAGUUCUGAGAUGAAGGGAGAUAUUUUGGAUCCUCUUCCCCAUUCAUUCUUUACCCAAGACGUUACAAAGGCAAAGAAAGAAAACUCCUCAAACAGAAGUCAGCAGUCUAUUGGAAAUGUCAGAUGUAAGAAAUGCUUCCCUCCUCACUUUGUUGAGAUGGGUGUGCUGAGCGAUAUUCUGACGCGACAAGAUUAUAGUGCACUACUUGCAGGGGUGUGCCAUGGAUGCCUGAUCAACAGACUACCGAAGAAGACAAUUCCACCCUUACCUCACAAUAAAGCCUAUGGUGCAGUCUUGCUAAAGUUUUCAAAGUCCACUGGCUUGUGGACUGGCCGUGAGACAAAUAUAUACAUUGGUGGCUAUCUGCAGCAAGGCCAACAACGGAAAGCAUUCCAGGUUCAGUUCCUCCACCAGGAAGAACUCUUGGGCAGUUAUGUGGGAAAGCAGUAUUACAGGUGUGAUGUGGCCCUCCAUGAUCACCUCAACGACGUGGAAAGGCAAAUGACCGCUCAGUACUACGUGACGGAGUUCAACAAGAAGUUGUACGAGAAGAGCGCCACAGCGCAGAUCUUCUUCAUCCCCUCGGAAGUCCUGCUGAUUUUAGAAGGAGACACCAUCAUUGGCUGUGUGACAGCAGAACCAUACAUGCUGGGAACUUUCAGCAAGCUCACCAACAACACGAAAAAAGUCAUCAGGAAAUAUAAGGCCUUUGAGUAUGGUAUUGCCUUUGGCCACUUUACUUAUGAGUAUUCCGGAGGGAAGGAGGUUGUUGUGGACCUCCAAGGUUGGGUGUCAGUGAGCGGUAAAGGGCUGACAUACCUCACUGACCCCCAGAUCCACACCCUAUGGAAGCCCCGGAGUGGGACCUCCAACUUCCAUCAGAGAGGCAUCAAUCUGUUCCUGGAGGAACAACAUGGCCCAGAAUGCAAUGAGGUCUGCAAACUGCUCGGUCUGAGGAAACUGCAGAUGCCCAAAGCCCGACAGAUCAGUCAAAGACAGGCAGACAGAGAGAUCCCGCAACCAGACCGUCACAGAAACAGAAACACAACAGAAACCUCUACAGACAAGCUGCGACUGACACACUCAGCUGUAAAAGCUUUCUGUCAUGGAGUGGAGACUGGUCUUAAUGCUGUUCCCAGGUUUUGUCAUGGAGUGUAUCCCUCAUCACUUCUACUUUGUGAACAUGAGUAAGACCUGGACUGAGGCACAGCGUUACUGCAGGGAGCAGUACACUGACCUGGCCACCAUAGAAAACAUGGAGGACAUGCAGAUGAUGAUGGACACCGCUAAAGGUUAUGAUGGGA